AUGGUUUAUUGCGGGAAACCCUCAAAGGGUUGUCAGAUGUGUAGGACGAGGAGAAUAAAGUGCGACGAGACAAAACCAACGUGUAAUCAAUGCACCAAAUCACGCAGACAAUGUCCUGGAUAUAAGGACGAGUUUGACCUAAUCUUCCGUAACGAGACACAGGCUACGGAGCGUCGAGCGCGGAAGGCUAGUAACAAGGGACUGGCGAUAAAGACGGGGACAGGGAAACCAGACUCUACGUCGGGGGGCAUGAAGGUGUCCUUGAUAUUCACCAACACCACCAAACCAUCCAUAAAGCAAGCAGUCGUUCGUCCGCUCAACAUCUCCAUAGAACAACAGGCUAGUUGUAGCUUCGUCUCUAAUUUCGUCGUGAUACCUGGCGAAGGAAACGGGCGAGCUUUCAUGGACUUUAUCAUCCCGCUGCUGAAGGAACAUCCGCAGGGCCACUUACAAAAUGCCUUCAACGCGUGCUCAAUCGCUUUUCUAAAUAAUCGAGGAGGCGUGUGUAACAGGUUUUCGGACAGAGCGCUGCAUGAGUAUACGAAGGCGCUUAAUGGGACAAAUGCUGCUUUGAGAAAUCCCGAGACGCAGCUGGCGGAUACAACAUUGGCUGCUGUUUUAUUGCUGGGCUUAUUCGAGAGUAUUACGGCCAAACAAAUCGGCAUGUUAAACUGGGGUUCACAUACCGAAGGGGCCAUACAGCUCGUCAAAGCUCGAGGUAAAAAGCAGUUAAAGACCAAAAUUGGCUUAGGUCUCUUCACCGCCGUUCGAACCCAAAUGAUUAUCCACAGCCUCACGGCAGGAACAGCUCCUAUAAUGGGUGCCGAAUGGUGGAUCGACGACGCGAUCAGGGAUAAGACAGCAGCAUCAUGUCACCGGCUCAUGAUCAAACUAGGAGAGUGCCGAGCCGAAGUCACCCGGUUGAUGAACAGCAUGGCGCGAACCCCCGACAACAUCGAAAUCAUGAUGGACAUGCUCCGGCGAAUACAGACAGUCGACCAAGAAGUCGUAGCCUGGAUGCGCAACGUGCCCGAAGAUUGGCGAUUCCGCACCGUAACGUGGGAGGACCACGUGCCCAACGGCGACUACUCGAAAGCAGAAGUGUUUCCCGGCCGCGUCGACGUCUACCACGACUUGUACAUCAUCAGCGUGUGGAAUACCUCGCGCACAGCACGUCUAGUCCUAGCCUCCCUCGUCGUGCGCUGCGCAGCCUGGAUCUGCAGCCCAGUCGACUACCGCACGACGCCCGAGUACGCGACCGCAGCACGCACCUGCGUGGAGACCAUCACCGAUAUCAUCGCUUCUGUGCCGUACCAGCUCGGCUGGCGUCUGAACAAAAACAGCAGAUGCUAUACCCACCAUCACCAAAAUCAACAACAACAACAACAGCAACAACAACAACAGAGCGGAUUCCCCUGCGGCGAGGAAAACCACCCCAAGGCCCUCGCGGGCUACCUCCUCACGUGGCCGCUCAUAUGCCUGCACAGCCAGGACUACACGACGGACGCGCAGCGCGCGUGGAUCCACGGGCGGCUGAGGUUCAUCGGGGACGAGCUGGGGGUCAAGUACGCGCACGUGCUGCGGCAGCUGCGGAUUCGCAUGCCGAGUAUGCUGAUACGGCGGGACGCGCUCAUGGCGAAGCAGGCUAGCGCGCAGCAGGAUUACGUUAGGAUGGCGAGGAGGUCGCCGGGGCAGAUGAGUAUGGGUAUGGGUAUGAGUAUGGAUAUGGAUAUGAGUACGACUCUACGCAUGCAGGCUUGUUCGUUUGCGCCGCCGUUGCCGCCGUUGCCGCCGGGGUUGUCGGCGGGUGUGUUUGUGGGACAGGCGGCGCUGCUGGAGAGUUGUGGUGGUGGUAAUGGUGGUGUUGAUGAUGAUGAUUAUGACGAUGAUGAUGAUGAUAAUGGGAGCAGCAGUCUUAAUAAUGGCAAUGAUGGCCCGUUACAGCAUGUCGAGGCGCUGCGGAAGAAAUACUUCGAGCAGCAUCGUGCGGAGCUGCUGGCGCAUGCGGCUGGAGGGCAGGACGCGGGGGAGAGUCAGAAGUGGGUUGCGCAGAGGUGGUUGGUUGUGUGA